GGAGAGGGCAGCAAUGUAAAGGUGGAUGGACAGAUGGUUGGUCUGCCCGUCAGUGUUGGCUUUGGUCAAAUUCGUAUCUAUCACAGUAGUGUGAGGGGUUUUGUUUUGGAAACAAACUUUGGGGUGACCGUGAGAGCCGACUGGCCACACAUUGUCCGAGUCACAGCACCGAGCUCGUACAACGGUACACUCGGAGGUCUGUGUGGCAACUUGAAUGGAGACAUUGCCGAUGAGUUUUACACUCCAGAUGCUGUCCUUUUGAAUGACACCCAGCUGUUUGCGGACAGCUGGCGUGAUGGAUCCAUAUCAGCCCACUGUGAGGACCCACCUGACAGCUGGGAACCAGGACAUUAUCAGAACAGCAGCCAGUUCAAUGAACAUUGUAGUAUCAUGGCUAUGGAUGAUGGACCAUUUGCUGAGUGCAGCAGAACACUAGAUCCUCAGCAACGGAUAGCAGAUUGCAUUAAGUUGCUGGAGCAGACACAAGGUGCCAGAGAGGCCCUAUGUGAGGCUCUGCGAGGUUACACGCUGCUUUGCCAACAGAAUGGCAUUGCAGUUGAAGAGUGGAGAAGUGUCACCCACUGCGAAUCCACAUGUCCAGCAAAUACCCAUUAUGAAUUAUGCGGCACGUCCUGUCCUGCGUCCUGCCCCAGCCUCUCGUUUCCAUUUCAGUGCACCUUGCAGUGCCAGGAAGGAUGCCAGUGUAAUGAUGGAAAAGUGUUAAAUGGAGAUCGCUGUGUGCCCCCCACGGGUUGUGGUUGCCACUACUCUGGGCGUUAUCGGCAGGCUGGAGAGAGGUUCUGGCAUGGUGAAGAGUGUCAGUUCUUGUGUGUUUGUAACGGAAUCACUGGAAAUGUCCAUUGCACGCCAUCAUCUUGCAGCGAAGAAGAGGUCUGCCAUGUGUUGGACGGCGAGUACGGCUGCCAUCCUCAUCCACGUGCUCGCUGCUCUGCUUCGGGUGACCCCCACUACAUGUCUUUUGAUGGAUCCUUCUUUGACUUCCAGGGCACAUGUCGCUAUGUGCUAGCCACAGUAUGUAAUGACACUGUUGGGCUUCCCCAUUUCCAGGUGGAUGCAAGGAACGAGGCGUGGCAUGGACUCCCGGUGGCAAUUACUGUUGAAGUUUUUGUCAAUGUCUCUGGCCAUCUUGUUCACAUGUCACAGGACAUGAACGGUCAUUCUACCGUUGAGGUUGAUGGAGAGACCAGAAACCUCCCCAUCCUGCUUGAUUCUGGUCAGGUGUCUGUCUACUCCAGUGGACAGUACAUAUUUGUAUCAACCGACUUUGGUUUCAGUGUGAGUUAUGGUGGCUCCUGGACAGUGAACAUCAUUGUACCAGCAGACUACAGUGGGGUUACAUGUGGCCUCUGUGGCAACUUCAAUGGCCAGAGCAACGAUGACUUCAUGACUCCUUCAGGGGCUCUGGUACGCUCAGCAGACCAGUUUGGGGCAAGUUGGAAGGUUGAGGACGAACUGCCAUGCAAUGAUGGGUGUGGAAACAAUUGCCCUUCAUGCCAAGAUCAGACAACUGCCCGUUCCCUGUGUGACAUCAUCAGGUCCAGUGAGGGCCCCUUUAGCUUCUGCCAUGUUUAUGUUGAUCCUCAAGCCUACUUUAAUGACUGUGUGUUCGAUGUGUGUCUUUCUGGAAACCGUAAUGAUGUCCUGUGUCGCUCGAUCCAAACCUAUGUGAGUGCCUGUCAAUCUAACAAUGCUGUUAUCUACCCCUGGAGAGAAAGUGCAUCCUGUGUCAUGACCUGCUCAGAGAACAGCCACUAUGAGUUGUGUGGCACAGACUGUGGUCACACUUGCGCCAGCAGCAUUGAUGCUAGUUGUGAACACACAUGCUCAGAGGGAUGUUUCUGUGAUGAUGGAUUGGUGAGGAGUGGAGGAAUCUGUGUACCGGUGGAGCAAUGUGGCUGCCUUUAUGAUGGAUUCUACUUUAAUGUUGGCGAGCAGUUCUGGGAUCUAGAAUGUUCUCAACUCUGUGAGUGUUUUGCUCCAAAUGAUCUGCGCUGCUCUGCUUCUUCCUGCCAACCGAAUAUGGAGUGUACGGUCAGAGGUGGACGUCGGGGCUGCUAUGAAGAGAGCACCACACACAUGACCACCACCAGAUCAAGCCUUUCCUCAGAAGAGAGCACCACACACAUGACCACCUCCAGAACAAGCCUUCCCUCAGGUGAAGGAGACCGCUGUUCUCAGCUCAACUGCACUGAGGAUGAACGCUGUGAAGAGGAACAUGGUGCUUACGGCUGUUUCUGCAAGGACAACCAUCACAGAUCUCAGCGUGACUCCUUUGAUUUCAUUGAAACCUGUGAAAGCAGCUCUGGCUCCAUGUCUCUGUCUCGCUGUCAGCUCUUUGAGGCUGGUUUUCCUUCUGACAUCUUACACCUCAAUGAUCCCAACUGCAGAGGAACAGUCCGGAAUGGCAGAGUGGAGUUCUAUUUUGACAACAAUGACCACAUCUGUGGUACAAGUCUUGUGGCCAACGGCACCCACUUCAUCUAUGAGAACGUAAUUGUGGGAGAGCCAAACACAGCUGGGCAUCUCAUAAGCAGGAAGAAAAUUCUGAAGCUUCCUUUCAGCUGUGUGUAUUCACAAACCCAAACACUCUCCAUGGACAUCAACCCUCUGGAGAGCACUGUGCACAGGAUCCUUCCUGCUGGUCAAGGGACCUAUCAGGUCAGGAUGAUUCCCUAUCAGGAUGCUGAAUUCUCUCACCCCUUCACUGGUAGUGUGAACGCAGAGCUGAACAAGCGUAUUUUUGUGGAAGUUCGUGUUGAUGGAGUCGACAGCCAUCAGUUUGCCUCAGUGAUUGACACAUGUUGGGCUACACCUGUGAAUGAUCGCCAUUACUCUCUCCGCUGGGACCUCAUCGUUGAUAGGUGUCCUAAUCCAGAUGACAAUACAGUGGAGCUUCUGCAGAAUGGAGUUUCCACAUCCAGCCGUUUCUCUUUUGAGAUGUUUAUCUUCACUGCAAACUCCACAAAGGUUUACCUGCACUGCGCUAUUCACCUUUGUCUUCAGACAGACAAUCACUGCUCAGUGCACUGUGACUCUGAACACCACGGGAGAGAGGGCAGAUCUGUGAAAUACCAUGACAGUGGUUCCAUAUCCAUGGGCCCAUUGGUGUGGUCUGACAGUAACAAAGAUACGCGUGUGCCACGUCAAGUGCAAGUAUCCAGGGCUCCAUGGCUGUGUGGUUCUCUGACUAUAUCACUUAUAUCUCUGAUGAGUGUCCUGAUAUUCUCCUAGAAUAUUUCCACUAAGAAUCACCAUCUUUUACACAUCUAGUCUAAUCUCUUCUGUAAUUCAUGUGGCACUGAUGCCAUGCUGUUACAAGCUUUCUAUAACGUGACCUUUGGGUGUUUAUGUAGAAAAUCUCAACCUUUAAAAUCUUUUUCAGUUAAAACCUUUACUGAUAAUCUGACAGUCAUUUUAUUAAUCAGAUAAUGUUAUAAAUUGAGUCUAAUUACUGUUGUGAGAAUAAAGCAUAUGAUAUGAGAUAAUAAACUGAUUGUGCAUGUA